AUGUAUUCUCUGGACGCUAAAACGGAAUUCAUGCCACGGAACUUGAAGAAGCUCCUGGGUAAGAUAGGCGCCCACCUCAAUAGAUCCGCGGUGUGGCGCGGUUUGACCGGCUCCCUGCUUUUAAUGGCCGUCUGUGUCACCGUCUGGCAGAUAGCCACGCCCAGCACCGAGGUCAUCACAUUGUCCUUGACCUCUGGUAAUGAGACGGUCAGGGCCAUCUUUAAACAUGUACAACAAAAUGCCGACGGGUCGAUUGAUUUUCUUUUCAACGUCCCACGAGACGAACCACCAACAAUGCAACCCGACACAUCAACAGCUCGACCAGUGGUCAGAUUAAGUUAUCCUCUAACUCUGGACUCGCCCUACCUCAUCAACAGUGUCAACUUAUGCCCGCCCGGGUGGCCGAUCGACUAUAUUAUUGUCGUACACAGCGCCAUAUUUAAUUAUCCUCGCCGGAGAAUCAUCCGCGAGACGUACGGCUCGGCCAGGCUGUUUGGGUUGGUCACACAACGCGUCGUCUUCCUGCUGGGUCAGACCGGAAGUCUCGCUGCCACCACACUCAUCCAGGAGGAGGCCAUGACCCACAAAGACAUCGUCCAGGGGCGGUUCCUCGACUCGUACCACAACCUCACUCACAAAGGCGUGCUGGGGUACAGAUGGGUUUCUGAGCAUUGUCCCCAGGCCAAAUUUGUUAUCAAAAUUGACGACGACGUUUUCAUAAACCCGUUUAAACUUAUUCAAGAAGUUCUACCGUUGUAUAAGAAUAAAUCCCGCCAUAUUGCUUGCCACCUCAGACCAAAUGGUACAAGCAUCAUCCUUAGGGGGGCGGGGAAGUGGAUGGUGGAGGAAGACGAGUUCAGAGGUCAUAAAUAUUAUCCAUUUGACUACUGCAAUGGAUAUUUCGUUAUCAUCACCAGCGAUCUCAUACGACCGAUGUUGAAGGCUGCAAGGAUCAACCCUUUCUUUUGGAUUGAUGACGUCUAUCUGUUCGGUAUACUUCCGGCCACCGUUGGGGGCACGACGUUUAUCGACCUCCUGCCGCAACUCUCCUUGCAGCUCGGCGUCGCUAAAGACUGUUUUGAAAAAAAUGGCGCCAACUGCAAAUUUCUGGCGGUCAGCGAAUGGCCGCGCGAAGAACCGGACACACUUUGGUACCUGGUAUUGUCCAAUUUAACAGCGACGGUAAUGCGAGAGUUAAAUGUAUUUCCAAAGCUGUGA